AAUGGUAUGGGUGAGUGGGCGAGAACGAAAAGGCACAGGGUGACAGGGCCAGGCCCCAAAUGAGGCGAAUUCGGAGCGGGCCGGCCCGCACGAGCCGACGAAACCGACGGCGACCCGCGGCGGCGCGCUCUCGUCCAUCCACGACCCACCCGCCGGUCGGCAUCGGCAGCAGCUUUGCCCUGCGCUGGGGGAGAGGGACGACAGCUCCGGCGCCACCCACGGCACGGAAAGGACGGACGGCGCAGGCGGCAGCCGCCCACGCCGAAGGCGUGAUCUCACUUGACCAGCCUUCCGUCUCGUGUCUCGUCGCCCAACGAGACGACUACUCCCCGGCCUCCUCUCGCCCUGAUCGAUCGCUGAAACGACAGCAUGGCGGCGGCGGCGGGAGGACACGUGCUGUGGCUGCAUGGCUCCGGCCAAACGGGAGACGAGGGCCGCGCCCAGGUGGUGAGGUUAUCACGGCUUGGUUUGGCAUCCCGGAGGUUCCUAUAACUGCUAAAACAGCCAGAGAUGAAAAAGAAGUCCUGAAAGCGGUGGAGGGUGUUCACGAAAUGUUAGACAGAGAAGUGGCUGGUGGAACGAGUCCUUCAAACAUAUUCGUUUGUGGAUUAAGCCAAGGAGGUGCUCUAGCCAUAGCAAGUGUUCUACUCUACCCAAAGACUUUAGGUGGCUGUGUUGUCUUCAGUGGUUCACUUCCUCUAAGCAAAUCACUUGCUGACAGGAUACCAUCCGAAGCUAGAAAGACACCAGUAUUAUGGUUUCAUGGCAUGGCUGACGGAUUGGUACUGUUUGAAGCUGGACAUGCUGGGUGUGCAUUUCUACAAGAACUUGGCAUGACUUGCGAAUUCAAGGCUUAUCCUACUCUUGGACACACGUUGGUGGAUGAAGAGCUCCAAUAUUUUCAACAGUGGAUCAAGGAUCGUUUAUCUCAAGGAACUGGAGUUCCAUUGCUAUCCUUAUCUGACAACAGGGAUCUCCACUAGCUGCAUUGUUUAGAACCAAUUGACCAAACGGAAGGAACACCACAGGCCAAAUUUCUACCAUCUCCACCUGUUGAGAUGACUAUUCUUUUCUUUAGUUUUUUUUCUAAUUUAUGGCUACCGUUACUGGUGGUAAAUUGGUACCAAAUAAAUUUUAUAUUUCCAAAUCAAUGCCUUGUGUGCUGUAAUGUGAUUUGAUAAAUGUUUAUCAUACACCAAUUUCUUCCAUCCCACCUUACCGUUUGCACUGU